AUGCAUUUGUAUCCAGUCAACAUUUACUUGGUGUUAUUUUUAAAAUGUGCCCUCGUCGUUGGCGUCGAGGGGCACACGAAAAUUCCAGUUGGUGCUAUUUUCUAUGAAAAUGAAAAGGAAAUCGAAUUGAGUUUCGAUCAGGCCUUUCGUGAGGUCAACAAUCUAAAAUUCUCUGACCUACAGUUUGUCACCAUCAAACGUUAUAUGCCAACCAACGAUAGCUUCCUGUUGCAACGGAUCACUUGUGAACUGAUUUCCAAUGGCGUUGCGGCUAUUUUCGGCCCAAGUUCAAAGGCAGCUAGUGAUAUUGUAGCGCAAAUCGCUAACACGACCGGCAUUCCACAUAUAGAAUACGAUUGGAAGCUCGAGGCGACACGUCAGGAACAUUUGAACAAUCAAAUGACUGUGAACGUUGCACCUGCCUUAUCCGCUCUGUCGCGUGCCUACUACGAUAUCAUCAAGACCAACUAUGAAUGGCGUACAUUUACGCUAAUCUAUGAAACGCCCGAGGGUCUCGCUCGCUUGCAAGAUCUUAUGAAUAUACACGCCCUGAAUACGGAUUAUCUCAAGUUGCGCAAUUUGGCAGAUUAUGCUGAGGAUUAUCGCGUACUCUGGAAGGAAGCAGACGAAACAUUUCACGAGCAUCACAUUAUAUUGGACUGUGAGCCGAAAUCCUUGAGAGAAUUGCUGAAAAUCUCUGUAGACUUUAAGCUGCAGGGUCCAUUCAGACACUGGUUUCUCACUCACCUGGAUACGCACAGUUCGGGCUUGAAGGACAUCUACAAUGAAGACUUCAAGGCGAAUAUUACCUCGGUGCGAAUGAAGAUUGUCGAUCCCAAUCCCUACGAGCGCAAGAAGACGCGUUUGACUCAAGUUGAUCAAAUACUUGGCAGUCAAAUGAUGUUGCCUAUACUCAUCUACGAUGCUGUCGUGCUCUUUGCCAACUCGGCGCGCAAUGUGAUCGCUGCCUUGGAGCAGUUUUACCCACCCAACAGCCAUUGUGGUCAGGGCUAUGGCAGUCCCUGGAUAAUGGGUGCGCAUAUAGUACAAGAGAUGAAAACCAUAUCGGAGGAUGACGUCGAGCCACAUUUCAAGACGGAGAACAUGAAGAUCGAUGAGUUCGGCCAGCGCACACACUUCAAUCUGGAGAUCUAUAAGCCAACUGUCAACGAGCCGCUGAUGGUCUGGACGCCAGAUAAUGGCAUUAAAGUAAGGCGCUUAAACCCGGAAUUGGAAAGCUCGGCAGCUACGCCGGACUUCUCGAUACAGCGCAAGGUCUUCACCGUGGUGACACAUCAUGAGGAGCCGUACUUUAUGAUGAAGCAAGAUCAUGAGAACUUCAGGGGACAGGAAAAGUAUGAGGGCUACGCAGUGGACCUAAUCAGAAAGCUAUCCGAGCUCAUGGAGUUCGAUUACGAGUUCAUGAUUGUCAAUGGCAAUGGCAAAUACAAUCCCGAGACCAAGCAAUGGGAUGGCGUAAUACGCAAGCUAAUAGAUCAUCACGCUCAGAUUGGUGUCUCUGACUUGACCAUAACGCAGCUGCGUCGCUCGGCUGUGGAUUUUACGGUGCCCUUCAUGCAGCUGGGCAUUAGCAUAUUGCAUUACAAGAGUCCGCCGGAGCAGAAGAAUCCGUUUGCCUUCUUGGAGCCGUUUGCGCCGCAAGUCUGGAUCUAUAUGAUCUUUGCGCAGCUAGUGAUGACCCUGGCCUUUGUCCUAAUUGCCAGGCUCUCCUAUCGCGAGUGGAUGCCACCAAAUCCGGCUAUUGUGGAUCCCGACGAGCUGGAGAAUAUCUGGAAUGUGAACAACAGCUGCUGGCUAAUGGUUGGCUCCAUUAUGCAGCAGGGCUGCGAUAUAUUGCCCAGGGGUCCGCAUAUGCGCAUUCUGACUGGCAUGUGGUGGUUCUUUGCGCUGAUGAUGCUCAGCACGUAUACGGCCAACUUGGCUGCCUUCUUGACCAGCAACAAGUGGCAGAGCACCAUCAAUAGCUUGCAGGAUCUGAUUGAGCAGGAUGAGGUCAAGUUUGGCAGCAUGCGCGGCGGCAGCACUUCGCUGUUCUUCUCUGAAUCCAAUGACACCGACUAUCAGCGUGCCUGGAAUCAAAUGAAGGGCUUCAAUCCGUCGGGCUUCACUAGCACCAACAAGGAGGGCGUCGCUCGUGUGCGCAAGGAGAAGGGCAACUACGCCUUCCUCAUGGAGACCACCAGCAUGACAUACAAUAUUGAGCGGAAUUGCGACUUGCGACAAAUCGGCGGACAGAUUGGAGAAAAGCAUUACGGCUUAGCCGUUCCGUUGGGCGCCGACUAUCGCACCAACUUGAGCGUUUCCAUACUGCAGCUGAGCGAAAAGGGAGAGCUCUAUAAGCUGAAGAACAAGUGGUGGAAGAACCACAACGUUACGUGCGAAUCGUUUCAUGAGGUCGAUGGCGAUGAGUUGUCAAUCAUAGAGUUGGGUGGCGUUUUUCUGGUGCUGGCUGGCGGAGUGCUGACUGGCGUCAUCCUGGGCAUCUUUGAGUUUUUGUGGAAUGUGCAGAAUGUGGCCGUGGAGGAGCGUGUGACGCCCUGGCAGGCGCUGAAAGCGGAACUGAUAUUUGCACUGCAGUUUUGGGUGCGCAAGAAGCCGAUGCGCAUAUCGAGCAGCAGCAGCAGCGGAGGUGAUAAGUCCUCCCGCAGAUCCUCAGCAUCCAGGCGCAGUUCCAAUUCCAAGAAAACGCGCAGCAAAACGAUCAGUUAG